AUGACUCUCGCGAAGGCUGAGGAAAUCAUUUCUUAUCGAUUCAAAGACCGACUUGGACCUCGACGAGCAUUACAGCUUGCUGAUAGUAUCCACCAAAAUGGAAACAAGGAUCUAGCUCUACUUGGUGAUACUGUUAUCAAGUUGAUUCUUGUCAAGGAGGGCCUUCGUCGACAUGCGGCCCGUGGUCAGAUAAACAAUGUGGUAUCGGAGAAAUCGUCCAACACCUAUCUUGCGCAGCGAGGCUUUUCCACAGGCCUAGCAGAAUGUGCAUUUGCCAAUCGAUCCCAGGGAAACACAAUCUACCCGGGCCCCAUGACGUCUACUAUGGAGGCUAUCGUUGGGGCUGUCUUCAUUGAUAGUAAGGAGGAGACGCUGGUUGUUAAAGGAGUCAUGGAGGCUUUACGCGUUUCUUGGCCUGAGUGA